GGAUGCGCGGGCGGCUGUGGAAGAACUCAAGAGGUCCUUCCGUAAAAGCAAAGAUUGUUGCUGAAUUUGAGAGAGCCAAGUUGCAACACGUCAAUGGCCUCUGACAGCUGACACGAUGGCUCAAAUAUCCAGUAACAAUGGAUUCAAACCCAAUCUCCCUCCUGCUCUGGGAGCAGCUUUGGCGAAGGACAUUGGCAAAGAGGAAGCCCUGCAGAUGGAAGCCGAGGCACUGGCACGGCUGCAGAAGGAAAAAAAAGCGACUUUGGGCCCAAGUCAUAAAUCCUCCACUGGUGGAAAUCCGAAAGCCACAUCCUGCAGCCGACCAGACCGAGACCUCAUCGUUUUUCCAGAAUCAGAUGCCAAGAAAAGGGCAGAGGAGAACAAAUUCAGAAGCAUCAAAGUGGAGGAGCUAAGCCAUGCAGAACUUGAGAAGCUGCUACUGGAUGACACAUUUAGUGCUAUUAACAACCCCACCAGGCCUCAGAGCAUAUCCACUGCUCCUCCAUUAUCCUUGUCUUCCUCUGCGCCGUUGUAUACUCGUGCUUCCCCCUUUGGUGGUGUUGGACAGUGGAUGCCUGGUCCAGUGAACCCAGUACUGCCAGCUGCAGUUCUUCAGACUCCUCUUUAUUCUUCGACUUCAUUUCCAAAACACAAUUAUUCCUUUCAAAAUGGCUUCAGUUCUGGAGUGCCUCCCUACCGGCUGCCAGAGCCUGUUUAUAUUGGCCUUCCUCCAGCUUCCCAGUUUGUGUCGUUCCCACUCCCGCCUACUGCACCCAUGUGUUCUUUGCCGGUUUACCAGCCAGCGGUUACGCCCGAAAUGGUAAAAUUGUUUGAUAAGAUAGCCAGCACUUCAGAAUACUUGAAAAAUGGAAAAUCCACUAGCACUGACUUGGAGUCUGCCAGCACCAAGGCCAUGGUCCCAAAACUUCCGUCAGUUGAAAGUGCGAAUGCCAGUCGCUUUGACUGGCUCGAUCUCGAUCCUCUCACCAAGCCCAAAGUGGAUAACUUUGACUCUGCACUCCAUAGUGAGGUGUUUGGAAAGACCGAGCCAAGCAUUGCUAAGGACCCCUGGGAUGCAGUGCUGCAGGACAAGAGUGCUCCUUCCUCCUCGGACACCUCACGUGUCGAGUGCGAUCGCUCCUCCUCAUGCCCGACAGGCGCAAAGCCGUCGGGAACCUCAGUCACACGCAGCCAGUCGUUAAAUAUUAAGGCUUCCAGCUUCCGACCUGCCAAGGCUGUGAAUGAAACCACUCAGGUGGACCAAGAAACCGGAAGAAUUCAAAAUGCUGAUAAAAUCCUUGAAGAGAUGGCAACACAGAAUGAGGAGCUGCAAGACUUCUUCAAAGAAGUCACAAAGUUGCGGUCCCAGUACCCACAUGAUGACAUGUCCACUAACCCUGGCUACAUCCUAAGUCCUGUGAUGCUUGAGAGAGAUAUGAAAGGAGAGAGCAGCAGUGUCAAGGUUUCCAUAGAGACAGGAGGCUCCCAGCAGCCCAUCACGUUCACCUGUGACGUGAGCUCCCCUGUUGAGCUUUUAGUGAUGCAGGCGUUGUGCUGGGUCCACGAUGAUUUGAACCGAGUUGAUAUUGGCAGUUACCUCCUGAAGGUCUGUGGCCAAGAGGAAUUCCUGCAAAACAAACACUGCCUUGGAAAUCACGAAUAUAUACAAAACUGUCGAAAAUGGGACACGGAAAUAAAGCUGCAGCUUGUUUCUCAGCACUCAAUAUCUCGUGAUCUGGCUCGUACGGCUGAUGAUGAUUCCUCUGCCGUGGAUUUGCAGAAGUGUCUGCUCACCAUAGAGAAACCACUCAAGGAAGCAGCUUCAAGACAGACUCUUGCUACCUGCAUUGAAGAGUACCACAAACAAGUCCAGCUGUGCCUUCAGAAUGAGAAUAGCCAAUUUAAAACAGUGGACAAUGUAGUCCAGGCGGUCAGAAAUAUUUGUUCUGCAUUAGACGGAGUUGAGACAAAGGCUGUCACAAAUGCCGUGAAGCAGCUGAAAAGAUCUGUGAACCUUCCAAGAAGCAAGACCUUAGAGGCUGGUUUGAAGUCUGCAGAUGGCUUUACUAAAAGCGCUCCAACUGCGUCGUCAGGUCCUAGCAGCCCAGUUGAAGAAAGCAUGAAUGCCCUGACCACAGCAGUCUGCGACCUCCUGCAGCUGUACUUGAAAUCAUUUAGUAGCAGCCCCGCAUCUACGGAGUCCAGCGCUGCCGAGACGAGAGCCAUAAAAGAGGCCUACAAAACUACAGAACACCUGCAGUUUACUCUGUUUGCUGCUCACGGGAUUUCGGCUAAUUGGGUGAGCAGCUAUGAAAAGUACUACAUGCAGUGCUCGCUGACACAUAACGGAAGGAACUUGUUUAAGCCGGUUCAGUCGAAGAAAGUCGGAACUUACAAGAGCUUCUUUUACCUCAUUAAAUGGGAUGAACUAAUAAGCUUCCCUAUUCCAAUUUCUCAGCUGCCUUUGGAAUCGGUGCUCAAUCUCGCUUUGUACGGCAUUUUAAAUCAGAACGCCAGCAACUCUCCUGAUUCAAACAAGCCAAGAAAAAGGCCUGAUCUACUCGGCACAGUCUCCAUGACGCUCUUUGACUUCAAAAGAGUUCUAACAAAUGGAACCAAGCUGCUUAAUUUGUGCACGACUGUCAUUGUGACCCCGGUGGGCCCAGCUAAUAGGAAAGGCAGUCCGACAGAGAGAAUCGUCCUGCAGGUGGAUUUCCCACACCAGGCAGCUGACAUUGUUUAUGUGCCACCUCAGCCAGAAAAUAAACUGAUGCCACAGGCCUUUGACACUCUGGAUACUGAAGUUCAAAAGCAACUUGAAAAAAUUUUCAGUAAAAGUUCUUCCGUGGGCCUUUCUAAGGCCGACAGAGAUCUCUUGUGGGACAAAAGGACCUUUUGCCAUUCACAUAGAAACUGCCUCCCGAAGAUUCUUGCAAGUGCGCCAGGCUGGGACUGGACGACGUUGCCUUCCGUUUAUGGUCUCCUUCAUCAGUGGCCGCCUGUCUCCCCUCUGUGUACUCUUGAACUUUUACACUCAAGGUUUGCGGACACUGAGGUUCGUACUGCUGCUGUCAAGUGGAUUGAACACAUAAGCAAUGAUGAAGUGAUGGAUUAUCUUCCGCAGCUUGUGCAGGCUUUGAAGUUUGAAUGCUAUCUUAAGAGCGCCCUUGUGAUCUUCUUGAUGUCUAGAGCACUGCAGAACAUUCACAUCGCACAUUAUCUGUAUUGGCUCUUGAAGGAUGCUGCCCAGGACCCGCUUUUCAGAGCUCGCUAUGAAAAUGUUUUAGGUGCCCUGCUCUCUCUGUGCGGCAAAGGGCUGAGAGAGGAGCUGGAGAAGCAGACCAGAUUUGUGCAGCUCUUGGAAGUUGUCGCUGAAAAAGUGCGGCAAGCUGGUGGAUCAGCAAGACAGGUUGUCCUGCAGGAGGGCAUGGAGAGAGCGAGGACCUUCUUUGUCAAGAACAAAUGCCGACUUCCUCUGAAUCCCAGUUUGGAGGCAAAGGAAAUCAAUGUUAAGGCCUGCUCCUUUUUUAACUCCAAUGCCGUGCCACUCAAAAUAGCCCUGACAAAUGCCGACCCCCUUGGAGAAGAAAUCAACGUCAUGUUUAAGGUAGGAGAAGAUCUUCGUCAAGACAUGCUCGCUUUGCAGCUAAUCAAGAUCAUGGAUAAACUCUGGAUCCAGGAAGGUUUAGAUCUGCGAAUUGUCAAUUUUAAAUGCAUCUCGACAGGAAAAGACAGAGGAAUGGUGGAACUUGUGCCUUCGUCAGAGACGCUGAGGAAAAUCCAAGUUGAAUAUGGAGUCACGGGAUCCUUUAAAGACAAGCCCCUCGCAGAGUGGUUAAGGAAGUACAACCCUACAGAGGAGGAAUAUGAAAAGGCUUCUGAAAACUUCAUCUACUCGUGUGCAGGGUGCUGCGUUGCCACCUACGUCCUGGGCAUCUGUGAUCGACACAACGACAACAUCAUGCUUCGUUCCACAGGGCACAUGUUCCACAUUGACUUUGGCAAGUUUCUUGGACACGCUCAGAUGUUUGGAAGUUUUAAAAGAGACCGAGCUCCUUUUGUGCUGACCUCUGACAUGGCUUAUGUGAUCAAUGGUGGCGAGAAACCAACCAGCCGUUUUCAGCUCUUUGUGGACCUCUGCAGUCAGGCCUACAAUCUGAUAAGGAAACACGGCAACCUGUUUCUCAACCUACUUUCUUUGAUGAUGUCUUCAGGAUUGCCGGAGCUCAGUGGUGUGCAGGAUCUCAAGUACGUCUAUGAUGCCCUGCAGCCUCAGACAACUGACGCUGAGGCCACCAUAUUUUUCACAAGGCUAAUUGAAUCCAGUCUGGGCAGUGUGGCUACAAAGUUCAAUUUCUUCAUCCACAAUCUGGCACAGUUACGCUUCUCAGGACUGCCAUCAAACGAUGAGCCCAUCCUCUCUUUUUCGCCAAAGACGUACACACUGAAACAGGAUGGAAGAAUUAAAGAAGUGUCUGUGUUCACUUACCAAAAACGAUACAACCCUGACAAGCACUACACAUAUGUUGUGAGGGUGCUGAGAGAAGGCCAGAGUGACACUAGCUUUGUCUUUCGUACUUUUGAUGAAUUUCAGGAGCUGCACAAUAAGCUUUCUAUCCUCUUCCCAUUGUGGAAACUUCCAGGGUUUCCAAACAAGAUGGUUCUGGGGAGGACUCACAUAAAAGACGUGGCAGCCAAGAGGAAAGUGGAGCUAAACAGCUACAUCCAGAAUUUAAUGAGGGGCUCCGCCGAGGUGUCAGAGUGUGACCUGGUCUAUACGUUUUUUCACCCAAUGCCGAGGGAUGACAAAGCAGAAGGACUGGAGGGAAUUCCUAAAUCGAUGGAUGUAAUUCCAGUGAGUCCCAUGUCUGGUAAAAUUGGCGGAGAGGUGAAGCUGUCGAUUUCCUACAGGAACAGCACGCUCUUCAUCAUGGUCAUGCACAUCAAAGAUCUGGUAACUGAUGAUGGAACUGACCCCAACCCCUAUGUGAAGACUUACCUGCUGCCAGACCCCCACAAGACGUCCAAACGCAAAACCAACAUUUCAAGGAAAACGAGCAAUCCAACGUUCAAUGAGAUGCUCGUGUACAACGGAUACAGCAAGGAGACCCUGAAGCAGCGAGACCUUCAACUGAGCGUGCUCAGCGCCGAGUCCCUGCGAGAGAAUUACUUCCUUGGCGGCAUUACCUUGCCGUUAAAAGACUUUGACCUGAACAAAGAAACGGUGAAUUGGCACAAGUUGGAAGCCGUGCCGUAUUUCAAGUAGCUCUGACACGAUUUGGCUCACCGCCUUCUUGACGCACAGCUCCACUUGGUUUGUAGCAUUUUGUAUAUUUGCAAUUAAGAGGACCAAACCCGCUUGUACGAGAGCCUUUCAAAGAUAAAUCCGCUUUUAUGAAAUCGUAAUGAUAGACCAGUCAGGCAAAAGAAAGUGACCCCACUGGAAAAGCUCUCAUUUGUCAUGUUAGACCAGGCCUGAUAUGGAAGUGUUCGGGAGCCUGUCGUUUGUAGGCCUCGGCUUCAGUGACUAUAAAAUGUGCCAAACAUAAGCCAUAAAGAUUACAAAUAAAUACAUCGAGGAUGCUUCCAUCUUGGGUGUCGAGGUCAAGAGGAUCUCGUUUGGAUGGGUAGGCGCUCUCAUUUAAGGACAGGACCACGUAGCGUUCUUAAUUUUUAGCCUUUCACGUCUGCCCUUCUACUUCACUCACUCACACACACACACACUUGGGUGUUUUCAGAGGUCCACGUUAUAGUCACGAUGGCCACGUCAUUCAGUCGUGAAGGUCUGGACGUUUUAGUGGCACUGAUCGCUAUGCCUGUAAAUUCCAUCGUAAACACACAAGUCGACUCCAGUCGCGGGAUUUGUGACACCGGGUGCUACAACAGCUUCUUGGUGACGUUUCUUUGUGGUUUUCUGCACAGCACUGGCCAAUGAACACCAUUGGUCAAGCCGGAACUCGGAAAGAGGCUGGUGAACCAAAAAUUAACUUGGAAAAGCACAAGUUUGUUGUAAAUACUUUGAGAAUUUGGGCUAAAUUGCUAGUUUUCUAAAGGUUAUUUUUGUAUAGGGUGCCCUGUACCAUUUCAGUCGCGUUUCCUUGUGCCACUGAGUUCGUUUUUCAAUCUGAACGGACUGACCUUCCACACCAGAACUGCUGUCCCCCGUGUCUUUUGUUACCUUCACGAGGCCCUGUAAAUAAUUGACGUUUUUCUUGGAGGUUCUUAUUGCCAGGAUGUUGUCACUUACACACACACACACACACUCUCACGUACCCAGAGACAGCGACAUGAAGGUAGAGCUCACUCAGUGUUUCUGAGCUGCAUGUUUUCUGAACUGUCCAUUCAUACGUCACCAGUAAACUUUCACUCCAGUUGUUUUGUGACUCUUCCUGAAUAAUAAAUUUGUUCAUAAAUUUCUCGGAAUCCGUGCAGCGCCAACAGCACCAACUGUCCCCCUACAAGUCUGUAGUCGGUUGUGUUUUUCGCAGCGUCUUAGUUGCCCUUAAUUUCUGCUCGGGUUCACUUGUGUAUAAAUUUGUGUUUGUCGUUGGCAUGAAGUCGAGUUGCUCUCGACGCACGUUUAUCGUAACUGGCUUCUCCCUCCCCUCGUUUUUUGCACAAACCUCCCAUCACGAGGCCUUCACAAAAGUCAGAACUCCCCUGAGAAUUGGUCAAAAACACAUUUUUUUCACAGUGAAACUGGUGGCACCGCGGGUACAAUUUGAGUCGAUGUAUUUGUGCCGUGCACUGAAGGAAGGAUAGCGAGGAGCGUGCGUGACUGUGCCUGGAGCCACCGUGGCAGCCUGCUGGGAUUCUGAUCCUGACCUUUGGGCGGCGGUCUGGUGAACGUAAAUAGGAAUUUGCACUAAAACGGCUUUUCGUAGAGGAGUACAAGUGUUUGUACGAUCGUAACUGCCAACACGCUAGGCUUGAGAUGAUUACUAAACGUCUUCUAAAUCCUGAGACAUCCCUGCUGCCUUAAUUUACUCUCAUAUGACAGAUGGCAGAAAAGCCAGCGUCAGCAGCCCAUUCUAGAAACGAGAAGAAGUAGCAGUUGAAAGUAAAUAAUAAUGACCUUUGUAUCAUACUGUAGGUAUACUAUUAUGGUGUACAUUGUUAUUUCCAGGCUGUGACUCGCCUGCGGGGAGCAGACCACGCGUGCCUUGAUUAGUCGCCACAGAGAGUCACAACUAGUGAAGAUGUACAGUAUUUCUAAUUUUAAAUAAACAUUCUUUUCCAAA